AAUAUAAAAGACCAAAUACUUCAAAGGUGAAGUUCCAGAGGUUUGCGGUGGAAAUGAAUCGAAUUAGAUCUGCUUGUGUAAGAACGAAUUCGUCGAAAAACUGCUUUGUCAGUCUCUCUGGUGACCUUGCAGAGGCAAUAGGCUUGCGAAUCCAGGGCCAACCAUUUGCUCUUCAACUUCAGUGGGAAAAUGGCAAGGCUUUCGCCAGCUGGUCUGGUGAAGUGACACGUGGCAAGAGAGGUGUUAUCCUGAAUGAUUCAUCAUCAAUUGUCCAACUUGGAAAGAAAUUUGCAGAUGGACUAGGACUAGAUGAUAAUCAGCAGGUUUUAGUUGAACCUGUGGUUGGUAUCCCAUCAUGUAACAGAAUAAACGUGGAUCCAGUCAGUGCCAAUGAUUGGGAAAUAUUAGAACUCCAUGCUGGUUACAUAGAAAGUCAGCUUCUGAACCAAGUGAGGGUGGUGUUCCCAGGACAGAUAUUGCCAAUAUGGAUUGAAAACAAUAUGUGUGUGGUUGUCCAAAUUGUUAACCUUGAGCCAGAUGCCAAUUGUGUCAGACUUGAUGAGUUUACUGAAGUGAUUGUAUCACCUAAAACAAGAACAUUUUCUAAAGGAAAACAACCUCAGCAAGCUCCAGUUCAUUUUGGCAAAGAAAACACAGAACGAGGGAAAAAAAUGCAUACUGGCGCAAGUGCUGAAAAUAAGUAUGCUUCAACAAGUAAUGUUUCUUGUUUUGAUGAUGGUGAUGAGCUGUCAUCAUGGCCUUCACCUUCUAGAACCACAAAUGCAGAGGAGCAAAAUGGCAUUGCCAACAGUGGCUUUUUAUCAAGAGUCUCAUGUUAUUUGCAGUCUUUUUUCGACCCUUGUGAUGAGGAGAACCCUGUAAAUGAAAAUCAGACUUGCAAACCCUUGAACCCAGAAGAAAUUAAAAAUGAAGAGAACUGGAAACCCUUAUCUUCAAUCACAGAGAAAGGUGAAAAAUGUGGUACUGAUAGUGGUGAUGAUUCUGACUUUGAGAUGUACUUGAGAGUUCAGCCAAAUAUCAAAGGUGACCCUGAGGUCUCAAAUAAAGGCAGCACUGUAGAAUCCAUGAAUUUUUAUUCUCAACAACCCACAACUGUCUUUGUUGAUAUUACAUCUUUGCCGCCACUACUUUUGAAGUCAUGGACUUGUAACUGGGAAACAUUUCCACCACCAGAUGGCACAGUGGAAAAAACUGUUCAAAUAUGCAAACUUUUAUCUCCCAAAGAGAGAACUGUCUUGCAAAAAAAUAGAUCACCAUCAAACAACAAUGAAAACCAAGGACCUCAAUCCCAGGAGACUUCAACGGACAGUGAAUCUAAUCAAGUGACUGGCCAGUCCCCUCCUGAUUCCACUUCUCUUGACAUGCUACCACCUCAUUGGGUUGUGAGAAUGGUGAUGACAAGCAGUUUAAACAGGGCUUCUGUCGAUCCAAAUUCCCAUGAAUUGGGUGUGGAAGAGCAUGUGCUGUCAGGGCAUGCGAUCCUGACCAAAGAACUUUGCAAAAUGCUUGGAGCAAGAGAUCUGUGUUUAGUUAAAAUUCAGAAUGUCUCAUCUGGACCAUCAGACAUACAAGGAAUGGUUUUGCAUCCCUUUGCAGAAACUGAACAGAAGCUUCAGGAUAUUUCAGCUGAUACUGUCAUGGAUGCCUUUCAAGGCUGGAUCAGUAUGGUGUGCAGUGUGGAAGUGCCUCUUGUACUCUGUAGUGGAACACUGUUAUCAUUUGAUGCUCAAGGCCAACUUUUUCAGUUUGUAGUUAAAGUGCUGAGCCAUCAAGAGAUGAUGAAGUCAGGAGGGGAACCACAAUAUUAUUACCUUACUCCUGAGACUCUGAACAAUGUGACAGUUGUCAUAGGAACACCCCAAAACUCUUUGAAGGGUUUCUGCGAGUUUAUCAGUGCUCAAGAAAUCAAGCCACAAUUUCCAAAGUAUAGCAUUAAUGACUUGGGGGGUGUAACAGAUGUAUUCCACAAGUGCUUGGAUCAUGCUUUGUCAACGCUAGGGCAGCGACCUCUAUCCAAUCAACUGGGAGGUAACAUCAUCUCAGGACUGUGUGGUGGAGCUGUGCUCAUUUGUGGCAGUGGUACAGGAGCAGGGAUUGGCUGUGGCAAGACAUCUCUUGCUCAUGCAGUGUGCUACCAACUUCAGGAGUGGCCAGUGUGUGCACAUGUGACAUUAGUGGAUUGUAUUCCUUUCAGAGGAAAAAGAGUUGACACCAUUCAGAAACAGUGGCAGCAGAUAUUUUUGGAGGCAGCAUGGCAUCAGCCAUCUGUGAUCCUGUUUGAUGAUUUAGAUCAAGUUGUUUCAGCCCCAAGUGCCCUCCAAGAGAUGGGUGGAGAAGCUUUGUACAAACGCCGCUUAGCUCAAGUAUUUAAGGACCUUAUUAGCACAGAAAUCAAUAACAACAGCAGGAUAGUUGUCAUAGCAACUAGUAAGUCACAUGACUCUUUACACCCGUCGUUGCUAACGUCACGAGGAUGUCACGUGUUUCAAUGCCGUGCAGAGCUUCAUCCCCCUGAUGCAGACCAAAGACAACAGAUUUUGUCUGCGAUGAUGGCCAAACUGUUUCGUCACCGAGAUUGUGACAAAUUGGAACUCAGUCUGUUGGCAAAGAAAACUGAAGGAUUCUCACCCAGAGAUCUACAAUCAUUACUUGACCGUGCCUUACACAAAGCAGCAGUCAGGAAGAUGACAACAUCGGCAGAUGGAGGCAUUUGCUGUGCAAUUACUCCAGAAGAUUUUGAGAAGGCUUUUGAGGGAUUUACCCCUGCAGCACUGAGGGGUGUUAGUUUACAUACUGCGGGAGAGUUAGGCUGGUCUGAUGUGGGAGGACUUGCUGGAGUGAAAGCAGCACUCAUGGAGACUCUUCUGUGGCCAACAAAAUACUCGUGGCUUUUUAAUAAAUGUCCCUUGCGCUUGCGUUCUGGUCUUCUUCUCUAUGGACCGCCAGGCACUGGCAAAACACUGCUGGCUGGUGUGGUUGCUAAGGAGUGUGGGCUCAACUUCAUCAGCAUCAAAGGUCCCGAGCUACUGAGCAAGUAUAUUGGAGCCAGUGAACAGGCGGUCAGAGAUAUGUUCACGAGAGCUCAAAGUGCCAAGCCAUGUAUCCUUUUCUUUGACGAGUUUGACUCCCUUGCACCUCGCCGUGGACAUGACAGCACAGGUGUGACGGAUAGAGUGGUUAAUCAGCUACUUACUCAGCUGGAUGGAGUGGAGGGACUGGACGGUGUUUAUAUUCUUGCUGCCACCAGCCGACCAGACUUGAUUGAUCCCGCUCUUCUCAGGCCAGGACGAUUGGAUAAGUGUUUGUUUUGCGGCAUACCAACCAAGUCAGAGAGAUUACAGAUCCUAGAGGCCUUAUCCAGAUCCGUGACCCUGUCAGAGGACAUCAAUCUAGCCGUUAUUUCAGACAUGUGUGAACACUUCACUGGAGCUGAUUUCAAAGCUCUUCUGUAUAACGCACAGCUGGCAGCAAUCCACAGGAACGCCAACAACAGUCAGCUUUACAAGGCAAUGUUCAAAAAUACUGAAAUGGAAAGCACUAAGAAAUACGACAGAUGUGCGGAAACUGACGUUGUUACUGAAGAGGACAGGGAUAGUGUUAUUUAUGUUUCAAGCUUAACUGAAGGAUCUAUACAGCUAUCAACGGAAGAGCUGACAAAACUUCAUUCAGAGGUUACAACUCUUCACAAGAAUUUACAACACAGAAAGAGCAAAAGGAAGGCAUUACAAUCUAAUUCAGCAGAGAAUGAGGUGACGUUUGGAAUACAAAUCAACCAAUCAGAUUUGUUCCAAGCGGCAUCAGCGGCUGGUCCAUCUGUAUCAGACAGUGAAAGACGCAGAUACCAGGCCAUAUAUGAGACGUUCGUGAAAUCCAGAGGAGGAGACUUCAGUCUCAAUACACCAGGCCAUGGAAAAGCAACUUUGGCGUGAAAAAUCUCGGUCCUUCUGUAAUGUUGCCAGGAAAAGAUACUUCACCCCGUAUGAGUGCGAUUGAAGAAAUUGGGACAUUCUCCCUUCCCAUUCCACAGGUGGAAUUUUUCUUUUCGAAGCUGAUCGUUCUACUUUUCGAAGUAUAUGGUGUUAAGUACCCUGUCCACUGCCGGUGCUUCACUGUCAUAGUUGUAACAAUUUCACAAUUCAGACUUGACGAAUAACUUUCGAAUAAAUCUGUGCAUAGGAAUUCAGCCGACUUUCCUACACUCAACUUCAUGCAAGUGUCGCAUUUUACUCAGCAGGAACAAAACACUUGCAAGUUGACUCCUUCCCAUACUACUUUGUCACUUUAAAUUGAUUGUGAAUUAUAACAUUACAAUUUUCAUCACGAA